CUUCCUUUCAUUAUCAUCAUUUUUAUUAUUAUUAUUAUUACAUCGAUUUCUUCUUAUUAGUAUCGUUACUAUACAACACACAUAUAUUUUGUCACUUCCAUAAUAAAUAAUGAUGUCGUCGUCUUCGUUAUCCCAAAUGUCGUCGUCUCCAAGUUUAUCGUCUUCCUCAUCAUUCAGCAAUGAUCAUAUAACAAUAAAUAAUCAUGAAUUGAUCACAAAUGAUACCUUACCGAACUCAACAAUCAACAGUAUAUUUAGCAAUAGUAGCAGCACUGAAGAAAUAAUGGAUCAAGAAUGGAUCAAAGUUUUGAUAACAGUUUUUACUGCAUCUAUAAUGAUAUUUAUAAUUGUAGCCGCCAUCUUUGGUAAUCUUCUAGUCAUCAUAUCUGUAAUGAGAGUUAGAAAGUUAAGAAUUAUAACAAAUUACUUCGUAGUCAGUUUAGCUUUAGCGGAUAUUAUGGUUGCAAUGAUGGCAAUGACUUUUAAUUUUAGUGUUCAAUUUACGGGAAGAUGGCUAUUUGGACCAUUAGUGUGUGAUCUUUGGAAUAGUUUAGAUGUAUAUUUUUCAACAGCUAGCAUAUUGCAUUUAUGCUGUAUCAGCGUGGAUAGAUAUUAUGCUAUUGUGAAGCCGUUGAAAUAUCCAAUUAAUAUGACAAAGAGAAAAGUUGCCAUCAUGAUUUUAAUUACAUGGAUAUCUCCAGCAUUGCUCUCUUUUGUUCCGAUAUUUGCCGGCUGGUAUACAACAAAAGAUCAUUUGAUAUAUCAAGAGACACACUUGACAGAGUGUAGUUUUAUCGUUAAUACAUAUUAUGCAGUAGUAUCGAGUUCAAUAUCAUUUUGGAUUCCAUGUACAAUUAUGCUUUUUAUGUAUUAUGCAAUAUUUCGGGAGGCAAAUCGUCAAGAGAAGCAGCUGGCAAUGCGUCAUGGAAACGCAAUGCUGAUGCAUAGACAUUCAAAUUGUGGUCCAUCAAAUAACGGUGAACUUAGUGGAUCCGGAUCAUCGAAAACUUUAACAUUACAUGAGGUCGAGUCGGAGCAUACACCAACCAAAGAUAAACAUUUAAUCAAAAUGAAGCGUGAACAUAAGGCUGCCAGAACUUUAGGAAUUAUAAUGGGCGUUUUCAUAGCGUGCUGGCUACCUUUCUUUAUUUGGUACAUCACAACAUCACUAUGUGACACAUGUCCAUCACCAGAUAUUCUAGUCGCAAUCCUCUUUUGGAUCGGAUAUUCAAAUUCAACAUUAAAUCCAAUCAUCUAUGCAUAUUUCAAUAGAGACUUUCGGGAAGCCUUUAAAAAUACAUUACAUUGUCUAUUUUGUUUCUGGCGUAGGGAACUAUCACCAUUAGAUAUAGAUGUGAGACGAUCGAGUCUUAAUACACGUUAUGACUCGCGAGCGAAGAGUGUCUACACAGAAAGCUAUUUGCGUCCAAUACCUAAUAAAAAUAAUGAUAUUGCUCCUGAAACUUUAUAAUGAGAAUGGAUGGUGAAGAUGCUGAUGAUGAUGUUAAUGCUUAAAGUGGAUUUUUCAUAUAUGUGUAUGUACGUGUAUAUCCCUCUCUCAUAUGCUAUGUAGUUAAUUGAUGGAGUUGAAUGGAUGUGAAGGAAAAAAAGCAGGAAGAUAAAAGGGAAUCGUCAUUAACAUAAAAUUUAAAUGUUUUUACUUAAGUGAUGAAGAUGAGAAGAAUUAAGUGAAGAAAAAAUGAAUUCUAAUUGGAUUUCAGAAGUCGUCUAUUCAUAUACAUUUUAUAAUACACAAGCACUUAUAUGUGACCUUUAACUACAAAGUUGUUUUUCAUCUCUCGUGCAUUUCUUUUUUAUGUCGUGACUCAGGUCAAAAUACAUAAUUUUUGUUGUUAGUAAAAUGUUUGUUGUUGUUGCCGCCGUCGUUUUCAUUCAUUGCUGUAGCUCUCUCACUCACCGAAAAUAAUAAUAAUAUGUAUGAAGGAUAAGAAGAAGAAACUC